AUGGAAAAAGGGGCCACUUCAAGUCCGUCUAAGGAGGCGAAGUUUCAAGACCAUGGAAAGAAGGAUAAGUCGAAGGGUGGUAUUACUCCUUGCAAGACAUGUGGGAAACUUCAUACUGGGGAAUGCCUUUUAGGCAAGAAGGGGUGCUACAAAUGUGGUGAUGAAGGGCAUACGUUUUACAAAUGCCCUAACAACCCGAAGACUUGUUACAACUGUUUUCAAAAGUGGCAUGUUAAGUCGGAGUGUCCUAAACUUCAGCAAGGGUCGAAGAAGGAGGGAAAUAAUGAGGAAAACUCUAGGGCGAAAGGGAGGAUGUUUCAAAUCACAUCUGAAGAAGCCAAGGCCCAUCCGAAUGUGGUUUCAGGUACCUUUUUAUUAAAUUCCAUACCAGUUUAUGUUUUGUUCGAUACUGGAGCCACUAUGUCAUUUAUUUCAAAUGAAAUCGUACAGCAUCCCUCAUUUAAGAUCGAACGAAUGCCGAUACCUUUAGAGGUAGAGAUAGCCGAUAGUAAGAACUAUGUGUUACAUGAGGUUUGUAGAAAUUGUAAGUUCACUAUAGAAGAUGAAGAAUUCGAUAUCGACCUCAUACCUAUGGUUUUGGGGGAGUUUAAAAUGAUAGUGGGUAUGGAUUGGAUGGCGUGA